AUGCAACGCUAUAUUCUACUAUACAUUUACUUACUCGCCACGGUCUUUGCUGCAGUAUGGCCAUUUCAACAAGAGGAGAAUACAUUGGGUGCCACACCUUCGACACCAUGGUGGGAAGGCAUUUUUGGAGGUGCAACCAGCACCUCAGCUCAAUCUUCGUCUACCGAGCAGCAACAAAGUCAACAACAACUGUCAAGUGUCGUAACGGAGGCUUCUAGUACCACAACACCCACAUCAUCUAGUCAACCAUGGUAUGCUGGUUUAUUGGGAGGAUCAACCAGUUCAACUCAAGCAAGCAGCACACCGGCGCCUUCUUCUACCUCACAAAGUGAAAGAAGCUCAUCGCAAUCUGCGUCAUUAUCGAUACCGGCAGCAUCGACUAAUUCAGAAUCACCAUUUGGGGGUUGGCUCGGAGGUAUAUUUGGAGGAGAGUCGAGUGGAAGCUCAUCUCAAGCUCAAUCCACAGAUGAGACAGAGCUGAAUUCAGAUGGUGACGGUGUUGCAAAUCCGUACUCGCCGGUGAAUGUCACAUGUUCUGCAGACGUUCUUGUUCGUGAAGGUGACGGUUUAUCUGAGGGGGAGAAGAACUACAUUGAAGCUAAGCAAGAGCAGACGAACAAAUUUUUGAUCAGCUUUUUAAACAACAGAGCCAACUUGAGUAACUUUGAUGCUGAAUCGUUCAUCAACGAUAAUUCAGAUGAACACAAUAUAACAAUUGGUUUGUCGUUUUCAGGUGGCGGAUACAGAGCUAUGUUAGCAGGUGCAGGAUCGAUUUUGGCUCUUGAUAACAGAUUUGAAGAUUCAAACACAAAUGCCUUAGGUGGUCUUUUGCAAGCGUCCACCUAUUUAGUUGGACUUUCAGGUGGAUCAUGGAUGGUUGGCACAUUAGUUUUGAAUGAUUGGAUUUCUGUUGAAAAUAUAUUGAACGGAUCUUCGCAAAUCUGGGACCUUGAGGCUUCCAUUUUGAAUCCAAAUUCUGGCGAUUUGAUAACUUUGGCUAGAUUUUACACUGGAGUUGGCACUGCUAUCGUUAGCAAAAACCGGGCUGGGUUCAACACUUCCGCAACUGACAUUUGGGGUAGGGCUUUGAGUCAUCAAUUCUUGGAUGAUUCCAGUGGUGGUGCCAACCUUACUUGGUCCAGCGUGCGUAACUUGACUAGUUUCAAAGACCAUUCAAUGCCUUAUUCUAUAUUAGUCGCUAACGGUAAAACAAUUGAGGAUACAGAGAUUAGCUCAAAUCUGACAUUUAUUGUGGAGAUUUCACCUUACGAGCUGGGUAACUUUGACACGUUGAAUGCGUUUGUGGAUACCGAAUACUUGGGUUCUAGCCUUGAAGAUGGAGAAUCACAUCAGUGUGUUAGGAAUUACGAUAACGCAGGUUUCAUCAUGGGAACUUCGUCAUCCGUAUUCAAUGAGGUCUUUGCUAACUUGGAUGAUUACGACGUUAGCACUGUUCUUAGACCCAUUUUCGAUCAAAUAAUGUCCGUGGUAACUGACACCAAGGGUGAUGUAGCAGUUUACAAACCCAAUCCAUUCUUUCAAUCAUCAUAUGCACAAAUUGAUACUAUUGUCAAUAACAAUACCUUGUCGUUAGUUGAUGGUGGUGAAAACGGUCAAAAUGUUCCAUUUUAUCCAUUGAUUCAAACCGAUCGUGGCGUUGACGUCAUCUUUGCUUUCGACAAUAGUGCAGACACUGAACAAAACUGGCCCAACGGAACAUCAUUCACAGAAACUUACAAAUGGCAAUUUACCAAUCAAGGAAAAGGGACCCCCUUCCCAUAUGUUCCAACAGUUGACACAUAUUUAAGUGAAGACUUGAAAGAGAAGCCAAUUUUUUUUGGUUGCAAUGCCUCUGCUUUAUCCAACAUUAUUGAGUUUCAUGAUGAAAAGGACUUGAAUGAAACUGAUGUUCCUUUGAUAGUUUACUUGUCCAAUCACCACGAAUCUUAUUUAGCAAACUUUUCAACCUUUAAGUUAGCCUACGACAAUGCAGAAAAAACUGGAACUAUCCGUAAUGGAUAUGAAGUUAUGUCGAGAGGUAAUUUAACAGAGGACUCCAAUUGGGCCACUUGUGUGGGAUGUGCCAUCAUCAGAAGACAACAAGAAAGAUUGGGUGAAGAGCAAAGUGAAGAGUGUGCUAAAUGUUUCCAAGAAUAUUGCUGGACGGGAACCGCAGAAGAUGCUCCUCAAGUAUCAGCCUUUGGAUCUGGCCUGAGUAGUAGCUCAUCUAGUUCAUCCGUCUCCUCCAGUUCAACUGUCUCCUCAAGCUGUCAACGCAACAAUUCAUCAAUUGCUGGUGAAUCCAGAACUAGCAAUUCACUGUCUACAACCACUGACUCUUCAGCCACUACCGCUACCGGAGGCGGUAUAGUGAUUAUUGGUGGACCAAAUCUUGGAAGCAGUUCUACCCCUGCCGAAUCUACAACUGAGCCCACAAUUGAGCCCACAACUCCGGUUGAAUCAACUACUACCAACGAGCCUACAACUUCGAACGGACCCACCACUUCGAACGGACCCACCACUUCGAACGGACCUACAACAUCAACUCCACCAAGCUCUUACACCGGACAUGGAAUCAGAGCAGCUUCUUCUUCUUCUUCUUUCUUUAUCGUUGCCGUUCACUUGUGUAUGACAUACCUUGUGACAUUCUUUUGA